AUGGACGCGGAACCGCACACCCCGGCGCGUCCGACCGCGGACAACGAAACGGCCGAUUUCACUCGGCCACAGGAUCCCCAGCCCCCAACUAAACUCCACGCCGCCAAAAAGAGGAGCAUCUACGGCAUCGUCCCUCCCCCCGUAAACAAAGGUCGCAGCGUGCAUGAGACUACCGUGGCUGCAGAGAUGCGCAGCUACGCGGAUGAACUGGACAGGCAGGCAAGGAACAGGAGGGAAGUCUACGAAACCGUUGCUGCGAAGAUGGACAACCUCUACACCUGCGACCCACUGGGCGUUAAAUAUAACAACAACAACAACAACAACACCAACUACGGAGUCAGGAGCCCGCGAGCUAUAUUCUUCAUCAGCUGGCGCUGUUCUGGGUUCUUGAAAUGUUCGACGAGGUUGUCCAUCUUCGCAGCAACGGUUUCAUAG